AUGAAGAACAAAUCUGAAACUUUGUCUGCUUCCAAGAUGGCAGCGAUCUCGACUUCCAAACCCAACAACAAGUUUCCUGCGCAUUCGGCUCGUGGACCAACCACCCUGAAACUGAGGCUCUCACAGCUUGUUCCGGACACAUCAUCCAACAAGCUCAAAGAUCCAGCUGAAAUCCCAAAUUCACAUCUUGAAGGUGCAACACAAAAGAGACGAAGCAAGAGAUUUGCCAAGAAUUAA